CUCCGAUAUCGCGUCAGUCAACCCAGUUCCAGGAAUGCCACCGACUCGGCUGGGUCAGCCAUUGUGGACAUACAAAGUCCUCCCGCUGACCCGUAUUCGUCGUGACUUGUGAGCCGCGGUAUGGAUAGCUGGCGACUGUGGGAUUGGGUUUUGCCUAAAGUUGCUCGUCGAACGGCGCGACACUGCACUCAGGACACGGCGAGUGAGGGCGCUGGGGUCCGGGGUACCCAGUUGACUUGUGCACAGGAGUCAGUGUGUAUAGCGCAGCUCCGGCUGGACGGGACGGGAGCCACCGGUUCACCACCACUCUGUUUAGUUAAGCGGCAUGGCGCACGGAAUGCAGGCAGCUUUGCGGGCGUCGCGUCUGAGUGUGAGCCGACUGAACGGUCUUCCCCACCGAUUGAUUGGGUGUGAUUGACGGAUUUGAGAGGGCAAGGCCAGGCAAGCUCCAGACAGUAUUAGAGCCAACAGAUGAGCUGUCUUGGCCAGAUGGUACACGAUGAUCUGACA